CUCCCCCACCACAAGCACUUCACACAGCCCUUAGCGGAUUCACAUUCAGCCCUUGCCCGCCACUACCAUUCGUACCAUCCCUACUGUUGGUCUGUCAGUCAGUCAGUUAGGCACCCAGCCUUCCUGUGGACGCAGCUCGUCUCUGUCAUCGUUGUUCCUUCAACGCUUGGCGCCGACAGCCCCCUCUCAGUUGUUGUCCAGGCGACUCUCUGCUUUCGCCCCUCACCAACGUUUCCUCUGGGGAAAUUCCGCACCACUCUCCGUCUCCAUUUCUCCCUCGACCGUUUUCUGUCUCUUGAAACCCAAGCGCGCCGCUUAAGCUCCUCCUAAAACUGCUCCCCGUGUCCUUGUCCCUCUAGUCCGCCACAGCCCCACCUCUUCUCCUUUUUCCAGUCUCUUGCACCAACCCACCCAUGGCGACAGACGCGCCCCCCGCCGCCGUCGCCGCCGCCGCCGCCGAUGCCGGCGACGCUCCCGCUCCCGCCGCCGACGCCGGCGCUUCCGCCGCGGCUGCGGCCGCGACGGAGAAACUAUCCGAGUCGCUCGCGCCUAUCCACAAGGAGCUGCUCGACAUCCGCGACACGCUGAGGGCGAUGCAGGAGGCGAAGACGCCGCCGACGGAGGAGGCGCUACAGCCGCUGCAGGAGCGGUUGGAUGCGGUGGACAACAAGCGCGUGGACGGCAUCUUCGGCGGGUCGCUCAAGACCGUGAUUCCCGAGGGCCAGGCGAUCCUUCAUGAGCUCAUGGACGAGGCGUACGACCUUGUGGGCGAGCUGGUGGUUAAGGCGUCGGAGAUGCCGCCCGAGAUGAAGCAGAUCUACGACACGUUGUGCGGGCUGAAGCGCAAGCUGCAGAAGAUGAAGGCGGACCGCGCGUACUCGCUAGAGGACAUCCACCGCUACCAGCUCAUGGUCGACGCCAUCGACUCGCGCCGCGUCGACGGGAUCUUCGCGGGGAACCUGCAGUCCAUCCCGCCCGGCCAGGCGCAGUGCAGCACGGUGCUGUUCCAGGUGUACGAGCUGCUGCGCAUCCUGCUGGGGUCGGCCCACGACAUGAACGCUGAGAUGCGCGGGAUCUACACGCACCUGAUCGGCAUCAAGCGCAAGCUCAUCGAGCUCAAGAGCAAGCACGUGAAGCACAGCACAGAGGACCUGCACAUCUACCAGCUGCAGCUCGACGCCAUCGACAGGGACCGCGUGGAGGGGAUCUUCGGCGGCGCGCCCAAGACAGGCAUCCCGGCUGGACAGGCAGUUUGCUCGACGCUGCUCGCGCAGUGCUUCAAGCUCGUGCAGGAUCUGCAGGAGACGGCGACGGAUGUGUAGGGUGGGAAAGGGUUGGGUUGGGUUGGGAGGAGUGGAAUUGGGUGGGGUGGUUUUGAUUUGAGGCAGAUUGACUUCGAGGCAGUUUUGCGUAGAUGCAGAGUGCCAGUAGUUUCACGUCGAUUGAUCCUGCAUGCCCUCCUAGUUUUGACGUUGCCACUGAUGUGCAUUGCAGAGGCUAGUACGCUUACAUGUGUUGAAGUGAAGUGCAUAUGUGGUAAUGGAUUAAUUGUGGUUUGUUUGAUUCA